CAGCUACUUCCGGAAACUGCCGAAAGGAACCACAAUAGAGUAAGGCGAGCCGGUGUUCUCCCCGGCAUAAGGACAUGGGGCUGGACUGGAGCAGGCCGGAGGAGAGGCAGGCGCUUCUAUCCCCAGGCCGUAGUGCUCCGCGGGUGUUCGGACGGCGGUGGCUGGUGCUGAUUCUUUUCUCGGCGAUGGCCUUCCUGCAAGGGCUAGUUUGGAACACAUGGGGUCCUGUACAAAACUCUGCUAAGACUGCCUAUGGCUUCUCAAACCUGGACAUCGCACUUCUUGUUUUGUGGGGGCCCAUCGGUUUCCUGCCCUGCUUCUUCUUCAUGUGGCUCAUGGACAAUAAGGGCCUACGAAUCACUGUGUUGCUAUCUGCAUUUCUUAUGGUGCUGGGAGCAGGUUUGAGAUGUAUUCCUGUGCAAGAUACAUUUAUUAAGAGAAGAUUGAUUCAUGGGGGACAGCUGUUUAAUGGUUUUGCAGGCCCAACUGUAAUGAAUGCAGCCCCAUUUCUAUCUACUACAUGGUUUUCGCCAAAUGAGCGUGCCACUGCUACUGCUAUUGCAUCAAUGCUAAGCUAUCUUGGGGGAGCGUGUGCAUUUUUGAUUGGUCCUUUGGUUGUUCCGGCUCCUAAUGUGACAUCAAACAUUCUUUUAAGAUCUGGCCACAUUGCUGAAAUAAAGGACCGCAUUGAGGCAGUCAUGUAUGCAGAGUUUGGCAUCAUAUUUGUUGUAUUUGCUGCUAUUUUUGCUUAUUUUCCUGCUCGUCCUCCUGUUCCCCCAAGUGUAGCUGCUGCCAGUCGUAGGCUGAGCUAUCGAAGCAGCAUCUGCAAACUACUCUGCAAUUUCCGCUUCUUGAUGAUCAUGUUGGCUUAUGCAAUACCUUUAGGAUUCUUUGCAGGAUGGUCUGGAGUCUUGGAUUUGAUUUUAACACCUAUACAUGUCAGUCAAGUUGAUGCUGGCUGGAUAGGGUUCUGGUCCAUUGUAGGCGGAUGUGUUGUUGGAAUAGCUGUAGGAAGGUUUGCAGAUUCCAUCAGAGGAGUAUUAAAACCAAUACUUGUGUUGCUGUUUUCCGGGGCAUCACUCUCAGCCACCUGGUUCACGCUAACGUUUUUAAGUACAUUUACCCACCUGCCUUUAACUACAGCAACAUUGUACACAUCAUGUAUUUUGAUCGGUGUAUUCCUAAAUGGAGCAGUGCCAAUAUUCUUUGAACUGUUUGUGGAAACCGUUUACCCCAUACCAGAGGGAAUCGCUUGUGGAGUUGUCACCUUUUUAAGUAACGUGUUCAUGGGAGUUUUGUUACUUUUCUUAACUUUUUAUCAUACUGAGUUGUCCUGGCUGAACUGGUGCCUCACAGGAUCUUGCCUGCUCAGUCUCUUAUUUAUUCUGUGCUUCAGGGAAUCCUAUGAUAGACUCUACCUUGAUGUCUUUGUCUCAGUGUAAUGGCACUGAAUGGAUGGUGUUUUUAAAGAGACUGAAAAAUCAAUACACUGCACAUUUGUCUGGUUUUGCACAAUAAGCUGGAAGGAGGACGAGCGACAGGAAUUCUAAAAUCCUCUUUUACAAAUAAAUAUUUUUAAUAGUAUGAGUUCCCUUGUGUUUGCUUCCUGUAAGCAUAUGUCUGUAUUCCGUAUGCACUGGUAUUUGUAAACUAUGAAUCUGUUCAUAAAUGGGAAAAAGACACAAAAACGUUUUAAACAAGAUCGGUUUAAAUUAUUUAUUAAAUGAAGUAAUCUGGAGUUUAAUUUUACAACAUAUUUGUCUUAACUUAUUAAAGCAGCAUGCUUACACUUUCCAAUUUGUUACAUAUCAUAACUAAAUCUCCAUUUUAAAGGAACAUGAAGGACAAAAUUUUAUUUCAUGAUUCCAGUGAAAAGUGCAAUAAAAAAAAAAAUUUGAAGUAUACCCAGGUAGGCUUUAGAGCGUGCAUGUGUUUUGACCACAAAAUGGCAGCAGUGUCUGCAACAAUGUAUAACUCUGUUGCAAACAGUGCUGCAGUAAAGAGCUCAUUUCCAUGACCGCAUAUCUGGACAGGCGUUUCUGUGUCUUGAACAAAGUUUCAUCAAAGGACACCAAGAUAAGUAAGUGUAGAAGAAAACUGAAAAGUUUUGUAACUGCAUGCUGUGAAUCAUGAACAUUUAAUUUGACUUUCAUAUUCUUUUUAAUUGUGUCAUAAACCAAGCUAGUUACUGCAGAAAACAUACAAACGUUGUAUAUGGUAAUUGUAAAUGCAACUGCAACAAGUUAAUGUUUUCAGAUGGUUGGAUAAAAAAUGUACUGCAAACCCAACUGUAAAAGAUGUAAAAAAAAUGUAUUCUGAUACAUAUUUUUAUUUUAUGAUUCCAAAAAAGAAACUUAAAACACCUGUUUUAUAAGCAUCUCUGUUCUAAUAUUGAAUUACUGGACCUUAUUAAGAAUUACAGUUUACAUAUUAAAAAUAUAAAAUUAU